AUGGACUUUUUUACGAGAAGUAGAAGCCGGGAAAAGAAAAUCGCUGCUGCGUAUGGGAAUGCUUAUAAGCCCAUUUCCAAACAUUCGGACAUCGGCAUUCCUACCCAUUCUGCAAUCAAGGUUACGGACGGAGGGGAGCGCGUGGAAGUAGAGAUCAACUUUCGGGAUGAUGCACCUCUCUCACUUGUGACACAUGGUGGCGAGCAUUCCUUGCUGCGCCGUAAGUGUCUCCAACUCAAGUUCUUAACAUAUGCAAAAUAACUAAAAUUGCGCAUGUCAUAGUCGACCAAACGAUGCUUAGUAUCCUCCCUCGAUACGCAAACAUCGCACGGUCCCUCAAAGUCAUCAUUCUCUUCCCAUCAACCCCUGCAUCCGUCCACUUCACCAGAACAAGCGAGACCUUCAUCCGCACACUCUCCAACCUGAUCAACUCUUUCCAAAAUGCCGACAGUAUACAAGUCGCUGCAAAAAUUGGCGUAACGCAUGAUCGCGAAACGAAUACGGAGGACUUCAUUUGGGAACAACUAAAGCAUAUGGUUUAUUUUUACAGAUGUACGGUGAAAGAUCUGAGGCUUUAUAUUGCGGCUGGGGAGGGAAUGGAAUGGCGGUUGGUGCAGGAGGAUAGCCCGUUACAUCGGAGGUUGAUGAGCCAUAAGGAGGGACUGGUUAAUGGGGGAGCUUUCUCGGAUGUAGGGUCUUCUUAA